CUGCAUUUACCGGUACUGGUUGCCUUUGUGUUCAACAGCUGCAUUUUCAGAGUAGAAUGGCGACCGCUCUGUGCGGUCUGCAGUCUAGUAACGGUAAACAGACGAGAGCUCGACGAGAACACCGGAGAAAGGCGAAGGACUCCCUCAGGAGACGGGCUGCUAUUUUUUUCCUCAGCAAUAUUUCUCUCGAUGGAAGACCCCAGGGUCAACCUACCGCUGGAAAUGCCGACCAAAAAGCUGGCGAGGAGACCGGACUCAGGGACGGAGAGGGCGGCGCGGCAGUUAAGCCCCUCCGGACUGAUAGCGGAGGUUCUGUCAACCAGGUGACAGACCCCGCAGCGGAACCAGGGAGCGGCUCGUCCUCCAGUUUACCCGGGGGACUCGGUCUUGUCCGGCCUUUGUUGGUAACGUCUCCUGGAUCGACUGCCACCAAUUCUGUGGGACCCAACGAGGUAUUUUUAGAGACCUGCGGCGCGGGAGAGACGCAGUUUCCGGGUAUCCCGCUGUCCCCUUUGACAAGCGGACACCAGCCCUGCUCCCGGGCCAAAUCAACCCCCGCCGUCCUCAGCCCGACCCCGGCCGGAAACUCUCUGGAUUCCCGGCAGAGACAGAGGAACAUUUCUGGUUCUCCUGGACCCAAGGUGCCAAAGAAAGUCCACUUCAUCAAGAGCAUGAGGCAGUAUGACACAAGAGGAAGCAGGAUCAUGCUGAUUUGUACCAAGCGGUCGCUUUAUGCUGCUUUCUCAGUGCUGCCCUAUGGAGAGAGAGCUCACCUCAGUGACCCGAAGCUGGACACUCAGAGACAGAGACUGUCAUCUGUGGUGGCUGCUGAUCUGCUGCCGUCGCUGGAAGGAGUGGAGCUGGGCGCCACCGGGAAGACGGUGUCGUACGCUCAGCUUCUGUUCUCGACCAACGCCUUGGUGAGGCAGAAGAGCAGCAGCGUGUUGGAGAGCUGCGCAUCUCAGACCCCUCAGAGUCGUUUCCAUGGCAACGGGCAAAAAGGCUUCACUCCUGCUCGUCCAAACAGCGGCACACCGCAAGACCCAAACACAGAGGAGGUCGGGGAUUAUGACCCCAACCUGCUCAGUGACCCCCGGUGGCCGUGUGGGAGACAUAAAAGGGUUCUGAUAUUUGCAUCAUAUGUGACGACCAUUAUUGAAUAUGUGAAACCGUCCGAUCUGAAGAAGGACAUGAAUGAAACCUUCAAGGAGAAGUUUCCUCACAUCAAGCUGACACUGAGCAAGAUAAGAAGCCUGAAGAGGGAGAUGAGGGCCGUGAGCGAAGAGUUCGGCCUGCAGCCGGUCACCAUAGCAAUGGCCUUUGUUUACUUUGAGAAACUGGUACUGCAAGGUUGCCUCAACAAGCAGAACAGGAAGCUUGUGGCAGCUGCGUGCGUUCUGCUGGCUGCGAAGAUCAGCAGCGAUCUGCGGAAACCAGAAGUCAAGCAGCUCAUUGAUAAGCUGGAGGAGCGUUUCCGGAUCAACCGGCGGGAGCUGAUUCCUCUGGAGUUCCCGGUUCUGGUGGCUUUGGAGAUGGGGCUGUACCUCCCAGAGAGCAAGGUGAUGCCGCACUACCGCCGACUGGUGCAGCAGGGUUAGACGGGCCGCCGCAGCACCGGACCCGUCACCUUUUAUAAGCUGUGUUGUUUGAAAUAAAUGAUUCUGUUUCUAUUUAUUCUAAAUGCGAGGAGGGGAAUCGUUUACAUUCUUUGUCAAACACUGUAGGUCGUGAACGUCUCGCAUGUCUUUGUACGUGAAGAUCCAGUCAUCAGCUCUAUGUUAGAGAUGUUCAUUCGGCACAUUAAAUGUGCUUUUACUUUCUCGUGACGCAUCUUUUUUAAAACACCAUAAUGUUCUUGACUUGUAUUUACAGGUAGUAGUGGCUGUGAUUUGUGUGUUUUUAGAGACAAAAAGAAAGAGAUGUAGCUUUGUGGAUUUUUAUUCUACAGGCUGUUGUAGAACGAUAGAUUUUCUAAUUGGGUUUCUGACACUGUGAAGCAUUUUUAGCUGUGAGAACAGAACUCAGUAGGCUGAGAAGUGACCUUUCAUUUAAUUUAAUCAUCUUGUGUCACAGCGAUUUAUAUUUGUACUGAAAACAGGAUGUUAUUGUGGCAGUUCUGACUCUGGUGUUGGUCGUCUUCACGUGCUGUAAUACCACAGUGGCGUCACAUUUAAAAAUACGUAUGUAUAGUAUUUACUGUUUGAUGUAAUUCUGCAGGGAUUUGUUUUGUUUCUUUCAGUUCUCAGGAAUUUAAAUUCAUUUCAGUAGCUCCUAAAAUCCAACCCAAAGAAGUUUUUCCAUUGGAGGUUAAUGGAAAACACCUGAUUGUAGUUUUUUUCAGUGCACAUGGGUGGAUUUUAACGUUUUAGCCAUCAGCAGUAUCUCCUCAGAUUUUAGCAUUUGUGUGAAUAUGGUGAAAAAGUGCCUGAAAAACCACAGUAUCAGUAAAACUAUCCAAACAUGA